AUGCACGCAAAACAGAAGAUGGGGGAGGAAAACAGCGAUGUGAGCAAAAGCCAAGAAAUAAAGGCCAUCCUGAGAAGGAUAAAAAACAGUGAUAACACCAAGGACAAAUUUGGAAACAUUUUAAAGCUGUCCAGAUAUACAAGCUAUCUACAUGAAGGAGAAAAAUUAAAAAUCGCAAAGUGCAUUAGUGUUCGUUUCAUUUGUUUACUCCUCCGGUCGGACAACUCUUUCCAGUUAUUUGCUCUCCGGUUAGUCAACAGCUUAAUAGCUGAGUCGACUCAGGUUUACUUAAAAAGGUGUAUGCCUUUUGUUAACUCCAUCAUUUUUUAUUACUGCGAUUUUGUGAAUGAAUGGAAUGAAAAGGUGGAGGUGACGGAAAGGAGGGGAAAGAAGUUUAAGGGGGAUGGAAAAGGGGAAGAAUUUCCCACCUCGCAGAAACGGGAUGGGGAGCUCUCCCCAGGUUUAAGCGACACGGGGGAGUUGCCAAAUUGGGAUGGAUCAGACGGAUCGAACAGAUCAGACAGAUCGGAAGAUGCCGGGGGCAACUACAACACUGACGGAAUCAACGACAUUUACUUUGAGUGCCUGGAGUACCUUCUGAAGAUGCUACCGUUUUUAAAUGAGAAGGAAAUAGUGGAUAACUCCUUUUUUCCUCGUGAAGGGAACAGCGUCAGCUUUGACGCGGACAUGUAUUUUUUGCAGAAGAGGCUAAAGAAAGGGGGACAUCCUCCCCUGUCCCCGCGCUUUAAGGAGUUUCCCCAUGAGGGGGAAAAGAGGGAAGACUUCGAUGUGCCGUUUGGGGGAGACAUACUCCAGGGGGAUGCCUCCAGGGAAGAUUGCUCCUCUGGAGAUGAGGACUCCCCCGUGGAGGAAGACUCCCAGGAAGAACGCGUCAGCUUGGUGGAGCUCCUUUUUGACGCACUCAGUGAGAACAUCCGAAUGGUGGAGGCGAUGCACACGAGGGUGGGGAAGCACAACGGAGGGAAAACCCCUCCCAAAGGGGCAAAUACCCCUAAUGGAGCAACCCCCCCUCCUCCUAAAGGGGAACACCCUAAAGGGGAACUCCCUAAGGGGGAACUUCCCAAAGGGGAUGAACCCCCCCCGGACAAAGCCUCCCAACUGAUAAGCCUUGCACGGGAGGCGAAGUUCCUUCUAAACAGCAGAAGCGUAGACAUGACCCUACUACUGCUGAAUAACACGUUCCUAAAGCUGAGUGGCAGCCUUUUCGUGAAGGAGUAUUUCCACUUACUUAACAAGGUGAUCGAAACGUACAGCCAAAGCAGAGUAACCGCAAUGAAGUGCCAAACCAAUCUGAAUGCAUAUAUAAAGAAGCAAGGCUGCAUAAAAGUGUUGGACAAAAGGAGCGUAUACAAACUGUAUGCCAACAUUAUAUAUCUUUUUUCGCAAGUGAAGGUGAAAGAGGAGAAGGAGGUACUCUACACCCUCUAUUCCACUGUCUACUCGUGUCUGAACUUUUCCUUCCUAAAUGAGAAAAGCGUCGACAUUUUAAAAACCCCAUUAUCCUAUAUGAACGUAGAGCUUUACUUAUUUGCAGAAAAGGUGAUGAAGUACAUGGGGGGAGAGAAAGGUAAGGGGGGGGACACUCCCCCUUUUGAGGGGACCUCCUCCGGACAGAUCAUCCCCCUCAUCUGCAGCAACAUCGAACAUGUGAUUAAUUUUAUUAGUCAGGAGGGGCAGGAGGUCGACGCAACAAAGGGGGAAAAGGUCGACGCAACAGGGGAGAGAACCCCCCUCAAAGGGGAGAACCUACCCAUAGGCGAACUGCACACCAUUAUAGGAAAAAUCAAAAGGGCGAUCGAAGUUGUGAUUGAAUUCUUUAAAGAUGUAAAGUCACACCUCGGAGAAUUGAAUAAAUCUUGCGAAUCCUUUAAAAUGCUGAAGGAGAAAAUUGACAAGGAAUUAAGUUCAAUGGUGCACCUCUUUUGCAAUUAUUUACUUUUCGAAAAUGGACACUACGUGGAUGAUUUUCUGAGCUUACUGGAGUUGUUUACCAUCUGGGUAGAUGAGGAAAGGGAUUUCCUGGCAUUCCUCCUAAUUUUGAAAAACGUGCAUGCAGAUCGAUACAUACACAACAAGCAGUUUGUUACGAAGCUCUUUCUUCUCAUACUCGACCCAACCAUGAAAAAUGUUGUGCACAUAAAAAUCCUGUAUGACAUUUUUAACAGAUGCAUUUUUAACGUUGUGGAGUCAGUGCAGAUUGCUCAAAAUGAUAAAUUUGUGAAAUUUCCUCAUGAACAUGUUCAUAAUUUUGUUUACAAAGAUUACGAUUUGGUUUUGCCAUGUAACAUACCAAUUGACAAGCUGAACGGAGUGCCAUUCGUCUACAUCAUCUGUGAGGACGAGUACAACAAAAGGAGGGACGAUCAACUGUUCACGCGCAAUAUAAGUAGCAUCCUUUCCUUUUCUGUAAAUUUUUUUUUUCACUACUACAAGUUCUUUUUGAUGACCCCAAAGAGAGAAGAUUCCAACUCAGAGUUCUACCUCUUUGAACACAACUACUUCAGUGCUUGCUCUGGGCACCUUCGAACGGACGAGCGUGGGUUUUUCCUCGCGCUUAAGGUUCUUUUCACCAUUUCGUCGUUGCUCUUCCUACGCUUUGAUUCCUCCGUUCUGGGCGCCCUCCUGGACAAGCACCCUGCUCUGUUCCUGCAGGAUUGCCUCAUUGCAUCCCUCCUCAACCUGAAAUUUGAAGUCGAAGUUGGAGUAAACACAGAAGGCGAAGGCACAAUAAAGGCUAAAGAAGCAACCCACAAAAGGGGGAAAAGACAUAAGUAUUUUCUGCAAAAUUUAGAAUUAGUCUACCUUGUUAUGUAUUACCAUCCCACUUUUGUGUCUCUCCUAAUUUUUCGCCUAAAACAAGUGAAGAAGGCCCGCGGGGAGAUCCGUUUCGAGACGAGCAAAGUGUGCAAGCAGGAGAAGCACCUUUCCAUUUGUGCCUUUUUAAACAGGUUUAUCGAGACCCACGUGUGA